AUGCUAGCUUGCCUACGAGUUUUUAGGAAUCAGCUACCAAGGAAACAUGAGUUUUACUCUUAUGAUCCACCAUCUGAGACCUUUUCCUCAGAAACAGAAUCUGUGUGUCUCCAGCUUAAGUCUGGGGCUCAUCUCUGCAGGGUUUGUGGCUGUUUAGGACCUAACGCAUGCUCCAGGUGUCAGAACACAUAUUACUGCAGUAAGGAGCAUCAAACUCUAGACUGGAGUUUGGGACAUAAGCAGUUGUGUACAAAACCAGAUCAUUUGAACCACACAGUUCCAGACCACAACUUCCUUUUUCCAGAAUUUAAAAUUUUAACAGAAACAGAAAAUGAGAUUCUGCCUGAGGCUGUAGAAAAGGAAGAUGACUAUGAGGUUAUAGGAAGCAUGGAUGAAACACUUGAGGAAGAGUUGGAUUUUAUGGCAAAGCAGGAAUCCAGGGAAGAUUAUAUUUUCCAGAAGUUUAAAACUCAAAUAGCUCUUGAGCCAGAGCAGAUUCUCAGAUACGGAAGAGGUAUUAGGCCUAUCUGGAUUGCUGGUGAAAAUAUCCCUCAAGAAAAAGAUAUUCUAGUUUGUUGCUGUGGUUCCAAGAGAAUAUUUGAAUUCCAGGUCAUGCCACAGCUGCUAAAUUACCUGAAGGCAGACAGACUGGGCAAGAGUGUAGACUGGGGUGUCUUGUCAGUCUUCACCUGUGCUGAGAGCUGUAGCCUGGGCACUGGCUACACAGAAGAAUUUGUGUGGAAGCAGGACAUAAGACACAUCUUGAAGACAGCUUUUUAA